AAAUCCAUAUACAAUCAUCAAAAUUCCUUCCCACAUUUUUGUUCUUAGCAUUGUGGUUAUGGCCAUGCAGGGUCUUCUUACUAUCUCUGUUUUUCUUCUGCUUGUUUCUUCUUGUUCAUGCAGCAGGCUGCAGCCUUGGACAAAAGACUAUUUUGAUGCAUUAGAUUUUCGUUCUUUCGGAGAUGAAGAAGCUGCGGGCACCACUGAUGGAUUGGAUUUUGGUUCUUUUGGAGAUGAAGAAGCUGCAGGCACUACAUUAAUCAAUGUUAUGCAUUAUGGGGCCAUAGGAAAUGGUCAAACUGAUGAUUCACAAGCGUUUAUUAAUGCUUGGCGUGAUCUUUGCACUGUGGAUCGAGGAGUCCCAGCCCUUUACAUACCAGCAGGAAAAACUUUCCUUCUCGGUCAGGUCCAAUUUCAGGGUCCAUGCAAGGCCAGCAGUGUUCAUGUUAAGUUUGAAGGGAGUCUAACCGCCCCCUUGGGCACUGGCUGGGGAGGAAAAGCUGGACUGGACAAAUGGAUUCAGUUCGAGUAUAUAAGUAAUCUUAUCAUUGAAGGAGGGGGCAAGAUUGAUGGCCAGGGUUCUGCCUGGUGGACUACUUGUGCCAAAGGGAGACAAUAUGGACAGGGAAAAUUCCAGUGCCAGAGACCUACUGCUUUGCAUUUCCACAGCUGCAAUGGCCUGCAAUUAAGUGGACUGACUCACCUCAACAGUGCACAGAACCAUAUUUCUUUAAGUGGCAGCAAUGGUGUUACCAUCUCCAAUCUCUAUAUUAUUGCACCUGAAGAUAGUCCAAACACUGAUGGAAUUGACAUUUCCACCUCCACCAAUGUAAACAUCAAAAAUACUUUCAUUGGAACUGGUGAUGAUUGCAUUGCCAUCAAUGGUGGGUCAUCUGGGAUCAACAUCACAGGUGUUUCUUGUGGACCAGGCCAUGGUAUAAGCAUUGGAAGUCUUGGACAAAAUGGAGCCUAUGAAACAGUAGAAGAAGUAUAUGUUGAGAAUUGCAGCUUCAAAGGAACUGAAAAUGGAGCAAGAAUCAAGACGUGGAAGGGCGGACGGGGAUAUGCAAGGAAGAUAUUAUUCCAGCACAUUAACUUCAUUAAUGUCAAAAAUCCCAUUAUCAUCAACCAGUUCUACUUCGAUAAGAACAGCUUACCACAGCUAGCUGACAAUAACUACUACCAAGAAAUCAAAGUAAGUGAUGUUACAUACUCUGAUCUGCACGGAACUUCUGCAAACGACAUAGCAAUUAAUUUGAACUGCAACAAGGAUGGAGGAGGGUGCAGCAACAUUUUGAUGGAUGAUGUUAGAAUAACCCCAGCAGUUCCAGGAAUGAAACUCAAUGUCAUUUGCAACAAUGCAUAUGGAAAUGUCACUUAUGCUAUCCCAAAUGUCCCAUGUUUAUCACACUGACGUUAAUAGUUGCUAGGACUUCUUUUUUAUAUAUAUUUUAUUCUCUUUUAAUUAAAAAAUAUAAUGUGA